AUGGCUAGCUUUCUCAACACUUCCCAGAGCCUCACUCACAUCACCCCAAUCCCGUCCCCCGCCACACGCACUGAUGCUAUUGCCAUGCUCCACGACCACGAGCACGUUAUACAGUGCUCCCCCGCCAUGUCCAAGUUUGAACUCAUCACGAGCCCUUCUCCUGCCCCGCUGCCCGCGGGCAUCACGCCCCUCGGCGACACCAAGUGCUAUCAGGUCACAGACAUCGUCCACGCGUUGCCCGCGGGUCUUUGGGACUCGGACAUUGUCAGUACCUACGAGUUUACGAACCUCGCCGGUGGGCUUUUCGUGCGGAUUCGGAGUCCCAUGGGCAUCGUGCUCGAGACUGUGUGGACCAUCGAGGGCGAGGGCGAGGGGCCGGAGAUGAGAGAAUUUGUGACGAUCAAGUGCUCAAGGCUUCUCGUGGGGACCGUCAAUGGGCAGUGUGAGGGCAACUGGAAGGUAAUUCAUGCCAAGAUGGUCGCGGGACUUGGGAAAUGA